AUGGUCGCAGAACAGUCCACUGCUAUGCAGCCCUCACCGGCAGAUAGUCUACUGUCUGCUCGCGAGGACUCAUAUACGUCUCUGUUCGAUGACGGCCCAGAAUCACCUACUGGCAUCGCCAUGACCCCGGCUUUUUCCGAGAAUGGCAGCCUCUCUCGCCUGUCAGCUGUCCCCGAAGACAUGACCGAGACGGAAGGCGGUGACAAGAAGACCAAGAAGCGCAAGUCGUGGGGUCAAGUUCUUCCCGAGCCCAAAACGAACCUUCCUCCGAGGAAGAGGGCCAAGACCGAAGACGAAAAGGAGCAGCGUCGGGUUGAGCGUGUCCUGCGAAAUCGCCGUGCUGCCCAGUCCUCACGCGAGCGUAAGAGGCAAGAGGUUGAAGCGCUAGAGAGGCGCAAUCAGGAACUCGAGCAACUUCUGGCCUCAGUCCGAGAGACCAACCUUGCACUCGUCCAGGAGCUCAGCAAACACCGCCACGACUCGGGUAUCCCGGCCGGAGGUCCCUCGCCCCUAAAGCACACCCUCUCAUCACAGCUCUUUGCCGAGAACGGCUCUGAGUGUGCUACACCGCCCACUGUCAACCCAGCCUCCCUCUCCCCCCCGGCUACCGACGCCGCCGAGGAACCUUCUGACAAUGAUGUUGUGCGACCUGCCGUGUCAAAUGUCAGAGUCGGCUCCCGCGACGGCGCUAACCCAGAAGCUGGCAUGGAUGACCUGUCUGGCGAGUCUCAUUUCCACCUCGGUUUUUUCGGCAUGCCAGAGGCCGCUAUCACAGAUAGCCAUGUCCUUGAAAGCGGGCUUCUCUCUUCUCCCCAGUCCAGCGCUAUUGGCGACGAUUAUCUGGCUGGUGACGCAUCGGAACUAUUUGCGAACCAAGACUUCGACAUCAGCGACUGGCUCAGCGAGGAGCCUAACCACCACACUUCUGACCUCGUCACAGCCCACGACUCCGGCGCCGACUUUUUCGGCCUCGAGCUGGAAGCCAUCGAACCUGCGAGUCAAGAUCCUGCGGAAAAUCCUGUCCAGCAGCCCGAACCUGGCGCGUCCACUAUGGGAUGCGACGUUCGUGGCAUUGCGGUUGGUAACUGA